AUGCUCUCUGAACAUCAACGCCUUAGAAAAUCUGCGUCAAUAAAAAUUCAAAAAGUUGUUCAAGAACAACAUUCUAAAGCAUAUAAGGAUUGGCUUAAUUUUAUAAAUCAAGAUGAACCACAUAUAGAUAAUAUAUUUACUGAUUUACGUAGUGGGUUGGCGUUGAUUAGGUUGAUGGAAAAAUUGACAGGAAAGACAUUAGAUAAAAAAUAUGAUAAAAAUCCAAAAGAUGUUAUUCAUGAAAGAGAUAAUAUUGAGUUAUUACUUGGCUUUAUGAAAAGAAAUAAAGUUGAUGUACGAAUUGUUGCACAAGAUAUAUUUGACCAAAAUAAAAAACAGAUAUUACAAUUAUUUAACACCUUAGUUAGAAAAUAUCACUACAAAGGUUUGUUCUUUCUUUUUAUUAAAACAUUUAAACAAAGAAUAAAUAAUAAUUAA